AUGAACUCGGCUGAAGAUAUCGAAGCAUCGACAUCAAGCGAAAUCGCUCAAGAAAGCACAUCAGAGCAACAACCACGAAUCACCUCGUCGAAUCGUAAGCGGUGUGCGAGUGAUGAUGGCACUGCUGAUAAUAAUGAUAAUCAUCGUAAGAGAAGUAAAAACUUGACUCUGGUUAAAAUCGUUGACAGUAAUGAGAACGAUGCGGCUGAUCGAGUCGUUGAAAAGAGUGCUGCCGACAGAGGUGAUCGCGGAACGAGAGAAUCGAGUCUGGAGUAUUGUGAAGAGAUACCGUCACAGCGCAGUNUGCCAGUAACAACCUUUGUUCAUUGCACUUAUUAA